CCUUAAUUGAUGCCCACUUCACCCACCCAAUAACUCAAAAAAGAACGAUGACAGUGACAACUUGAAACCCCAUUAUAAAUUCCGCCACUUGACAGUUCCUGCCAAGUCAUCCAUUAUUAACACCGCUGCUUGUGCCGGCCACGCAACCCGAGCCAUUUUCAAACACUCCCAGCAGCUUUUCAGUGAAGAAAAGGACACAGAAGAAGGUGGGAAGGUGAACGGAAAGGGGAAAAGAUGACGGGAGGAUACUAUUUCCACAGAGAUGUGCUGCCGUUUGUAGCCAUGGUCAGCUUGAACAUCAUCAACGUUGGGAUCAAUACGCUCUUCAAAGCUGCAACAGUGGAGGGUAUGAGCAACCAUGUCUUCGUCGCCUAUGACUAUGCCAUCGCUUCUCUUGUUCUUCUUCCUGCUCCUUUCCUCUCCAAAAGGUCAAGUGUUCUUCCUCCUUUGAGCUCCUCAGUUGUGUGCAAAAUUGGCGUCCUCGGGCUCAUAGGGAGUUCGUCUCAAAUCAUGGUGUACACUGGAAUCAACUACAGUUCUCCAACUCUUGCGUCCGCCAUUGGCAAUCUCACUCCAGCUUUUACUUUCCUGUUUGCCGUCAUUUGCAGGAUGGAAAGAGUUGCGAUUAGAAGAUCAUCCAGCCAGGCCAAAAUCCUAGGCACAAUAGUGGCAAUAGCAGGUGCAUUUGUGGUGACCCUCUAUAAGGGUCCCCCCAUUUUCGCGUCAGAAUCUCCAUCACCAACUAAACUGAAUCAUCAAUCAUCCCUUCUUCAGUCAUCAACAACAACUACGCAAGGACACUGGGUACUUGGUGGGAUGUGCCUCACCGUAAAGUAUAUACUUGACCCUUUGUGGUACAUUGUAGUGACACAGAUAAUGAAGGAGUACCCUGCAGAAUUCACAGUGAUCUUCUUCUACAAUGUAAUUGUCUGCAUCAUAACAUCAGUUUUUGCUCUGAUCACUGAAGGAACAACAUCAAGUGCCUGGAUAUUCAGCAGUAGAACAGCAAUAGCAUCGGUUUUCUGCUCGGGAGUGCUUGGAUCGUGCUUGAGCAAUGGCGUUGACGCAUGGGUGUUGCGGCUCAAAGGGCCAGUAUUUGUGUCGUCGUUCAAACCAUUCGCGAUGAUUGUAGCUGUUGCCAUGGGAGUUACACUUCUGGGUGAUAUUCUGCAUCUAGGGAGCCUGAUUGGAGCAAUAACCAUUGCAAUUGGGUUCUACAUGCUGAUGUGGGGAAAGGCCAAAGAGGAGGAUGAUAACACCAUCCCACAACGGAACAGUAAUCAUGUUAGUAGUACCCUCGAACCUCAAUCCAACGAGAAGAACUUCUACCGUAGAAGUGCGAAUUGCUUUGCCGUUGCCGGAAUAGUUCGUUCCGAACUUGAUGAAAGAACGAAUGCUAGAGGCAGGCAGGUGGUAGAGCCUUGCCGGCUGCUGAAUGGGCCGGGUGGUGCAAAUCGUGGUUUGCGAUUAUACCUCACCUCUGUGGCCAAAGAAAGGAUGACCACGAUUCAGGUCAAAGGAGAAGAGAAAGACACUGCCAUCGGCCGUCAUAGGUGGCGUCAAUCUCCCAAUUCAAGAUCCAGCGGUUUGAGCAGCUUGGAGAUACCAGAUCUGUCGCACUGA